AUGGAGUGGAGUGCCAUUGUUAUUCUCUCAAUUCUUCUCCCUUUCUUCAUUAUUUUCAUCACUUUUCUGAAAUGGAAUAACCCUAUGAAUGGGAUUCCGUGGAAUUGGCCUGUUUUAGGAAUGCUCCCUACAGUUGUGUUCCAUAUGAACAGAAUCAAUGAUCGUGCCACAGAAAUUUUGCACCAAGCUGCUCGUUCCACUUUCUUCAUCAAUGGUGUUUGGUUUUCUGGCACUGAUUUCUUCCUCACAGCUAACCCUUCAAAUAUUCACCAUAUUUUGAGUGCCAACUUUGAGCAAUAUCCUAAAGGCCCUGAUUUCAAGUACAUUUUUGACUUUUUUGGAGACGGGAUUUUCAAUUCUGACUUUGCUUCAUGGAAAUCACAACGAGUAACUGCUCAUGCUUUUUUUCGUAACCAAAAAUUUCUUCAGUUCUUGGAGAAAAUUAUAUCGAAGAAAGUGAAAGCAGGGCUUUUUCCUGUUCUUCAAAGUUUUUGUGAAAAUGGGUCAGUGUUGGAUUUGCAAGAUUUGUUUCAAAGGCUGUCUUUUGAUUCAACUUGUAUGUUUGUCACUGGCUUUGACCUUCAAAGUUUAUCUCUUGAAUUUCCUCAAAUUCCUUUCUCAAAGGCUAUGGAUGAUAUCAAGGAUGUCGCAUUUCUUCGACAUUUUUUCCCUAAAAAAAUAUGGGAAUUUCAGAACAAACUCCAAAUUGGCCAACCCAAGAAGCUGAAACAAGCUUGGAACAUCAUGGAUGAAACAAUCCACAAAUUGAUAGCUUUAAAAAAGGAAAGCUUGAAGAAUCAAGAAGAGGUAGAUCCUGACGAUCGUGAUUUGCUAUCAUCAUACAUUAUUACAAACAAUAAUGUCAAAGAUGAUGAUGAUGGUGAUUCUAAGUUCUUGAAAGACACGGUUUUAAAUCUUAUGAUGGCAGGCAGAGACAGCGUGAGUUCAGCUCUCUCUUGGUUUUUCUUCUGUCUUUCGAACAAUCCAAUUGUCGAAGCAAAGAUAAGAGAAGAGCUUGAAACAACGGUUCCAUUAUCUAGCGAUGACGCUACUCGUGAUCAAUGCCAUAUAUUUUCCUAUGAAGAGUUGAAGAAACUUGUUUACUUUCAUGGGGCUUUAUGUGAAACACUUAGGCUUUAUCCAGUAGUUCCAUUUCAACAUAAAGUCCCUUCAAAGCCUGACAUUCUUCCAUCAGGUCAUCGUGUAGAUCCCAAUACAAAGAUUCUGUUUUCAUUAUAUGCAUUGGGAAGAAUGAGUGAUGUGUGGGGAGAAGACUGCAUGGAGUUUAAGCCAGAGAGAUGGAUUAAUUCAAAAAAUGGAAAGAUCAAACAUGAGCCAUCUUAUAAAUUCUUGGCAUUUAAUGCAGGGCCAAGGACUUGUUUGGGAAAGGAAGUAGCUUUUAUUGAGAUGAAAUUACUGGCUGCUGCCAUUCUUCACAACUUCAACAUUACUAGACAAACAGAGCAUGAAGUUGUUUCAAAUGCUUCUAUUAUUCUUCAAAUGAAGCACGGAUUUAAAGUCAAGGUGACAAAAAGAUGGACUUGA